GGACUGGCGACUGGUGCUCAGAACCCCCAACCAACUGCCUGCUGAGAAGCCCACCCCUGGCCAGACCCUGUGCCCCCACUGGCCUCAGUACAUGGGAUGGUGCUGCGCACCCUGCCAGCAGGCUGGGCUCACCAUGGUGCUGGGCACCAUUCUGACACGAGGGAGGGAUGUGUGCAAGCGGAAUGGACUGCUCAUCCUGUCCGUGCUAUCUGUCAUCGUGGGCUGCCUCCUUGGCUUCUUCCUGAGGACACAGCGCCUCUCACCACAGGAAAUUAGUUACUUCCAGUUUCCUGGAGAGCUUUUGAUGAGGAUGUUGAAGAUGCUGAUCCUGCCACUGGUGGUCUCCAGUUUGAUGUCCGGCCUCGCCUCUCUGGAUGCCAAGACCUCCAGUCGCCUGGGCAUCCUCACCGUGGCAUACUACCUGUGGACCACCUUCUUGGCAGUCAUCGUGGGCAUCAUCAUGGUCUCUGUCAUCCACCCAGGAGGGGCAGCCCAAAAGGAGACGACUGAGCAGAGCGGGAAGCCCAUCAUGAGCUCAGCCGACGCCCUGCUGGACCUUAUCCGGAACAUGUUCCCAGCCAACCUUGUGGAAGCCACAUUCAAACAGUACCGCACCAAGACUAUCCCUAUUGUCAAGUCGCCCACGAGGGCAUCAGAGGUUUCUCCUCGGCGCAUCCUCAUCUACGGCAUCCAGGAAGAGAAUGGCUCUCGGGUCCAGAACUUCACCCUCGACCUGACCCCACCGCCCGAGGUGGUUUACAAGUCAGAACCUGGCACCAGCGAUGGCAUGAACGUGCUGGGCAUCGUCAUCUUCUCUGCCAGCAUGGGCAUCAUGCUGGGCCGUAUGGGUGACAGUGGGACCCCUCUGGUCAGCUUCUGCCAGUGCCUCAAUGAGUCUGUCAUGAAGAUCGUGGCGGUGGCUGUGUGGUAUUUCCCCUUUGGCAUUGUGUUCCUCAUUGCCGGCAAAAUCCUGGAGAUGGACGACCCCACAGUCGUCAGAAAGAAGCUGGGCUUCUAUGCCAUCACUGUGGUGUGUGGGCUGCUGAUCCAUGGCCUCUUCAUCCUGCCCCUGCUCUACUUCUUCAUCACCAAGAAGAACCCCAUCAUCUUCAUCCGCGGCAUCCUCCAGGCCCUGCUCAUCGCACUGGCCACCUCCUCCAGUUCAGCCACGUUGCCCAUCACCUUCAAGUGCCUCCUGGAGAACAACCACAUCGACCGACGCAUUGCUCGCUUCGUGCUGCCCGUAGGCGCCACCAUCAACAUGGACGGCACCGCACUCUACGAAGCCGUGGCCACCAUCUUCAUCGCCCAGGUCAACAACUAUGAGCUGGACUUCGGCCAGAUCAUCACCAUCAGCAUCACAGCCACUGCAGCCAGCAUCGGGGCAGCUGGCAUUCCCCAGGCCGGGCUCGUCACCAUGGUCAUCGUGCUCACUUCCGUGGGACUGCCCACUGAUGACAUUGCCCUCAUUAUCGCUAUCGACUGGGCUCUGGACCGUUUCCGCACUAUGAUUAACGUGCUGGGUGAUGCGCUGGCCGCUGGGAUCAUGGCCCACAUUUGCCGGAAGGACUUUGCUCAGGACAUGGACACCAAGAAACUUCCACCUGGUGAGACCAAGCCGGUGAGCCUCCAGGAGAUCAUGGUGACACAGCAGAAUGGCUGUGUGAAGAGCGUGGCUAAGGCCUCGGAGCUGACCCUGGGCCCUGCCUGUCCCCACCAUGUCCCCGUCCAGGUGGAGCAGAAUGAGGAGCUGGCCACCACCAGCCUGCACCACUGCACCAUUGAGAUCAGAGAGCUUGAGACCCAUGUCUGAGCCUGC